GGACUCACCAACGCUGAAGUCCUGGUCCUGCAGCCGGUUCUUAUAAAUCGCAUACUCCUCACGGAAGUUUUUGGUGUUCCAAGGUUUUGCUGUCUUGGAUUUUUGUUGUCGCUGCUGCUGGUCUUGUUCUGAGACGAGCGAUGCAGAGGAAGAAGGUUUCGCCGGGGCGGCUGGCUCGUACUGAUCCUCGUCGGAGCCCAUCUUAGAUGCCGGUAUAUCGCUGGAUUCGGUGUUGUCGGUUGUUAUUGUUGUCGUUUUGGUGUGCUCUUGGUCAGUCCAGCUCAACUCAGUUGAGUACUCCGUAAAUGUUGACACCUGAUGCUGGAAGCUGUGGGUUGAAUCACAAGGGUGUUCACAAGUUUGAAAGGGAAUGAAGAAGAUGUCGCCUCAAAAUUAUAAGGCGUUUAUUGUCCGAAGUGAUCAAGGUAGCUGACUUCAAGGAGAACUGAAGUUGUUCAAGGUUUCCUUGGUACUUUAGUGAGGGAAAGGUACAGAAUACCUUAGUGCUUGUCCCACGAUCACUGGAUGCCUGGAAACCCCCAUGGAGGGGUGUGGAGGGGUCGAGAGCGGGCGUACUGAGGUAAAUAUGGUCCGUGCGCAGUCAACCUCCGCGUAAAUGAUGCGGUUUUGGGGUUUUGGUCCUUCAGACGUUCCAGGUUGUCCAGUAGACCUCUAACAACAGUGCCUGUUCGCUCCCCACAUCCACCUUCAAGGCUGCUGGACACUUUUGAAUACCACCAGGCACAACAGAUGGCAUGCACGAAGCCAACGGCACAAUGGGACAAGGUGACAAGAUUCCCAAUGUCUGGGACGACGACGAUUGGGAGGUGCAGGCCGACCGCGCUGCAAAGGAGGAGUCUUCCAAACCUGAGCCCGAGGUGCCUCUAACACACGCCGAGCGACUGAUGAAGCAUGCCGAGGAACAGCGCAAGCUGUGGGAAUCAGCGGAGGCUCCCGAAGAAGUGCCCUUCUUCCUCCCGACCACCAACCAGGUCCCUCUCGCGACGCCUUUCAAGCCCGCAGUGAAAGUCCUCAGUCGCAAGCCGGCCCCUCAGAAGAUCGUCAAGCGAGACCCUGUCACAGGACUCGAGCAGCUGACAAUUCAAGACGAUAACGAGGAGGAUGAGGCUGGAAAUAAGAAGCAGGAGUCCGCGGAGGAGAUCCGGAAACGGCAACAACGCGAGCUCGAGGAGAAACAGCGGCGCUACGAGGAGGCGCGGGCGAAGAUCUUUGGGGACUCCAACCCUUCGUCUGGCCAAUCCACUCCGCGCACCGGCACCCCACCGUCGGGGAGUGAACCACGACAAGCUCCAAGGGGACGAGGCCGGGGACGUGGUGGUGGUGGUAAUGGUGGUGGCCGGGGCCGUGACAACGAUAACGGGCGGCAGGACCGGGCGGCAGCCAAGCAACCAGCAAGCCGGCCGCGGCAUGAGGGAGCUGUACGACCCUGGCUACGCACCCAAGCCGGGAUUCAAUAUCCAGAAACGCGUCGAGCCCGCUGGUCAGCCCGGGAACCAGCCAGGCACACCCCGUGAAGAGGACCAGAUUAUACGCGCGCCUAGGGGUCCUGACGGCAGUGGAAGGGGAGGGUUCGGUUUCG